AUGGCCGCCACGGCGGUCGCCACGCCGCGCCACCAGCGCCGGUUGGAGCGGCGCAAGCGCACCCUGCUGCCGUUUGAGCAGGCGCCCGACCAUUACCGCGACAACCCGCACAUAAGACACUGGUACCGCCCCCCAGCCAACUUCCGCAAGUCCCUGGCCUCCCUGUUCCGCCUGCACAACGAGACCGGCAAUGUGUGGACCCACCUCAUCGGCUUCCUCAUCUUCCUCUUCCUCACGGCGGCCACCGCGGCCAUCCACCAGGCCCUUGCCUCUGUGCUGGAAGUCAAGGGCCCCGUCAGCCGCUGGCCCAUCUACGUCUUCACAGCGGGCGCCAUGGUGUGCCUGCUGACCAGCGCCACGUGCCACCUGUUUGGCUGCUGCGCCGCCCACAUCACCGCCGUCAUGUGGCGCUUUGACUAUGCCGGCAUCGCAGUCCUCAUCGUCGCCUCAUUCUUCCCCCCCGUCUACUACGGCUUCCUGUGCGCGCCCUGGGUGCGCCUCUUCUACCUCGUGACAACCUCCCUGCUAGGCCUCAGCACGCUGGGCGUCACGCUGGGCCCGGCCUUCCAGCGCGCCGAGUGGCAGGCGUACCGCGCGGCGCUGUUUGUGGGGCUGGGCCUGUGGGGCAUCAUCCCCAUGCUGCACGGCCUGGCCGCCAACGCGGGGGAGGCCGCCAUGGUGCAGGCCAUGUCCCUGGAUGUCCUGAUGGGCGCCAUCUACAUCGCCGGCGCUGUCAUGUACGCAACGCAAUUCCCCGAGUGCCUCAAGCCGGGCGCCUUUGACGUCGCCUUCCACUCGCACCAGCUCUUCCAUGUGGCGGUGGUGGUGGCCGCCUGCAUACACUACAAGGCGGUACGCAUCCUGCUGGCCUGGCGCGACGCCUCGGGCGGCUGCCUGCCCCCCAUGCCCGCCGCGCCGCCGCUGGCGUGAGCUGCGGGGCCCGGCAUAGUGGCGUGCUCCUUGCCGUGGUGGCACCACCACGCCGUGAGAUAGUGAGUCGACACAGUGAGCCACCACAUGCCACACCGCAUCCAUUGAGUUUCAAGAGAGUUUCCUGCCUGCCCUGUAGCCCGCCCCUGCCCAGCCCUCGCGCGUUUUUGCAGUUCCCUCGCUUGUACCGCCCGCAGUAGCGCCCCGCCCCCGCUUUGUACACAGCCCAUCGGGCCCCCAUCUCUGCCCAUUUCUCAUUUCUUUUCACUGUCCUAGUGACCGCAAGCUGCCCAGGCACAUCAGCAACUACAGCUUG